AGCUUGUAUUAAGAAGGACCUUCUUAAUUUAGUAUCAGGAGAGACGAGAUGCCCUAUUUCCAGUUGUUAUAAAAAUGUUAAAAUUAUAAAAGCAAAUGUCAACCUUUCACCCACCAGGAGUGACACCAGAAAUGACAUACUAGUAAUAGUUAUAUUGUCUCAGGAUACUAAUAAAAUAACCUCUUAUACACCUGAUAUUGCAAAGUUCAUCAAGAAAGACAACUCAACAAAUGAAAAUAAUAAUGAUCCAAAGGUAUAUAAUAGCAAGCUAGUGGCAUCUAAAUUGACCAUUUCUAUAUGGGUCAAAGAAAAACUUAGCCAAAAGCUAGCUAAUGCUAAUGUAAAUAAUAAUAUUGAUUACAAAUUUAUAAUAGUUUUGGGAUUAAUUGGUAAGCAAAUCCAGACAAAUCAAACUAGUAUGGAUAAAAGUAAUAUUAGAGCUAUUAUAGAAGCAACAUCUGUAAAUAAGGAGCAAAAACAGGAAUAUAAUACUUUGAAUAAGAAAAAAUCUCAGCUGGAAAAUCUAACCGGUGAUCAAGAACAGACUAUUACAUCAAUUGCAUCUGUUAAAGAUAGUAUUAUUGAAAAAACUACCUCUUCACUUAAACAUAACAAUAUUUCUGAAACAUCUACAAGGCUUAAUAUAGAUGAAGGAUUCAAAUCAUACAAGAUAUCUUACAAUAAUACAGUUUCUACUGUAUUUGAUAAAAAAGAUAAGAAGGAAUUCCAUGUAUUGAAAAGUCUUAUUGAAAAGUUAAUUAUCAAUGUAGUUAAAGUUUUUGAAAACCUACCAUCAGAUGGAAAUGUCAAUGAUUUUCUAUAUUUGUAUUAA